AUGAAAGCUCUCAUUCUCGUCGGUGGCUUCGGCACCCGUCUGCGCCCUCUGACUCUCACUCUGCCCAAACCCUUGGUCGAAUUUGGCAACCGGCCUAUGAUUCUGCACCAAGUAGAGAGUUUGGCUGCUGCUGGUGUGACGGACAUUGUCCUGGCUGUCAACUAUCGCCCUGAUGUGAUGGUCUCCGCAUUGAAGAAGUACGAAGAGCAAUAUGGCGUCAACAUCGAGUUCUCUGUCGAGUCGGAACCCUUGGGCACGGCCGGUCCCUUGAAGCUCGCCGAGAAGAUCCUGGGCAAGGAUGAUACACCGUUCUUUGUGCUGAACUCCGAUGUGAUUUGCGACUACCCCUUCAAGGCCCUUGCCGACUUCCACCGCUCUCACGGCGAGGAGGGUACCAUUGUCGUCACCAAGGUCGAUGAGCCCUCCAAGUACGGUGUCGUCGUGCACAAGCCCAACCACCCUUCGCGCAUCGACCGCUUCGUCGAGAAGCCCGUCGAGUUCGUUGGCAACCGCAUCAACGCCGGUAUCUACAUUAUGAACCCCAGCGUCCUGAAGCGCAUUGAGCUGCGCCCCACCUCCAUUGAGCAAGAAACCUUCCCCGCCAUCUGCAAGGACGGUCAGCUCCAUUCCUUUGACCUCGAGGGUUUCUGGAUGGAUGUUGGUCAACCCAAAGACUUCCUCACCGGUACCUGCCUGUACCUGUCUUCCCUCGCCAAGCGCGACCCCAAGAAGCUGGCCCCCAACUCGGAACCGUUCGUCUACGGCGGUAACGUGAUGGUUGAUCCAUCAGCGAAGAUCGGAAACAACUGCCGAAUCGGUCCCAAUGUGGUCAUUGGUCCCAACGUGGUCAUUGGCGACGGAGUCCGUCUCCAGCGCUGUGUCGUGAUGGAGAACAGCAAGAUCAAGGAUCACGCGUGGAUCAAAUCCACCAUUGUUGGCUGGAACAGCUCCGUUGGCCGCUGGGCUCGUCUAGAAAACGUCACCGUCCUGGGUGACGAUGUGACCAUCGCCGAUGAAGUCUAUGUCAACGGUGGCUCAAUCUUGCCGCACAAGAGCAUCAAGCAAAACAUCGAUGUUCCUGCGAUUAUCAUGUAA